AUGACUCGACUACUUCCUCCAGAAAUUUUAAACAUAGUUUUCAAAGAAAUUCAUGAUGAGAGAGAAGGAAGAUUUAGUAACCUUAGUUCUUGCGCAAGAGUUAAUAGAACUUGGUGUACAAGUGCUAUUCCAUUACUUUGGUCUGAUCCAUUCGAAACUCAUGGUAGCUCCCGUGAAUGCGUUAUUAAUAUCUAUUUGGCCUUUCUUAAUACCGAUGAAUUAGGAGAAUUAAGAAAUAACGGUGUUCCUAUUUUUGAUAUACCAAAUCAUCCAAUCUUAAACUAUCCUUCUUUUCUAAAAACUUUUAGUCAUCAAAUGAUAAAUAACGCAAUAUAUUCUUGGUGUGAAUGUUAUGGUGCUAUUGAUGAUGACAUAAUUUUGAAAUACGUACGAGGUGCAUUCAUUAAAGUUCUUUGUAAAUAUGAUACAAACUUACGUACGCUUUUUUGCUCUACUGAAUUUGUUGUUGAAUACAACUUAUUGCAAUCAAACUUCCAUUCUGUGAUCGCAUCUGUGAAUAAGAUGUACAUUGAUUUAAAAUAUAUUGAUAUCAAAUUUUUAUCUUACUUAUCUCAAGCUUAUGCCAAAAUUGAAGCUGAUAAACUGGCUACAUUAAUACGAUAUCAAGUUCAAUUACAAAGAAUUCAUAUUUAUAGAUGUUAUCAAUAUGUUCAUCUAAUAAUUGAUGCAUUACAACAUCAAUCAGGCUCAUUAAGAGAAGUCGUAUUUCAUCAAGUUAAUUUUCAAGAUUGUGGUCCUUUACAAGGUUUAGCAACUUGUAAAUAUUUAGAACAUUUAGUAAUUGGUGAAGGUUGUCAAAACCUUACUAAAGAAAUGUGUAGACCACUAUUUGAUGCACCAUUCGUCGAUCUUCAUGUUGUAUUAUAUAAUGGAAUCAAUUAUUCUACCGAUCCUUUUAAUUUUUUUCAUUGCAAAGAGCUUGUUGAAUGGGCUGAAAAGCAAUGUGGAACAAAUGAAAGAACUAUAAAGCAACACGGGAUUCCAUUGAAGUGCUUCUGUACAAAUAAUGUAAAAAGACCGGGAGGCAUACAUCCUCAUCAUGUUCUUGGUUUAUGGAGUUAA